ACAUUGUAUUUAAUAGGCCACACUGUGACAUGGUGCAGUCUGUCUCUACCAGAUUAUAGGUUACUGCGGUGUCAGUGCUAUUUCUCGCAUUAAUAUCGAGAUGAAUUGGUUAUUGAGGUGUGAGAGAAUGUGGACGUAAGAAAAUUAAGAAAGAGAAAACGUUUAAAAGCGUUGUCUAAGGCGUGUGUUGAGGUAGAAAGGUGUAGCUAGCCUAUUAUGCCUUGAAAACAGAAGGGCAGGAUUUUCAGGAUAUUCCUCGUUGCUUCGAGGGCAGUAGGCUACUGGUUCUGUUAGAUAAACUAAUAGGUGAAGGUGAGAGGGCUUGCAGUGCACUGAGUUGGCGCUAUUGAUUUGUUAAUGCACAUUUUAUCCUGAGAUUAUGGUAGCUCUGAAACGGUGACUAAAGUUUCAAAACAGGAAGUCACGCUGAUUUGUGUAACAAGAGGGCAUGGGAAGAAAUGUACGAGGUCGAGUAAACUUGUUCUAAAUAUUUAUUUACGACUGUCAAAAUAUUCACUGUGAAGCAAGCUGUGAAUUCAACACAAAACUUCGCUUUAAAAGUACGAUGAAAGGAUGGUGACAUUUCGUUGAGAUCUUUUACCAGUAGUCUACAUUGCUUUUCCGUAAACACAUUUCGUUUUGUUUUGCUAGUAUGGGAGACCACAGCCCAUCUCGUGUGGCGAUUAUUCUACUAUCAGUUGUAGUGUACGCCGUAGCUCUGGCAUUCAAUGCUCUGGCAGGAUCUGGGAAAGGUCCAUUCUUGCGUAACACAGGAAAUGUAUCGGGUAGUUACGAGACGGAAAUAACUCCUGCGGGAUGGACUUUCUCCAUAUGGGGACUUAUAUAUACCUGGCUCUCAAUUAUGCUCAUCUAUGUCCUGACAUGGUUUUGCAGAAGGACUCCUGGUGGUUGGAUGUACUGCAGCCCAGCACUUCUUCCUUGUGGAUUCUUCCUCUCCUGGAUCAUCAAUAUGAUUCUUAACAUCACCUGGCUUUUCCUAUGGGACAGAGAGGAGAUGGUCCCUGCACUGAUAGUGCUAGCGCUGAUUGUCUUCACCAACUACCUGCUUAUCUUCUUCUCCUGUCGCGGCCUCAGUGCCCAUGGCAGCUGGCUCAGUCAGCACCAUCCCAAAGACCUCUGGUGCAUCAGAGUACUUGUCCAGAAUGGCAUUGCUGUUUACACUACAUGGACGACCAUAGCCACACUCAUUAAUUUGACAAUAGUGAUGGGCAUCUCUGGGGUCUCAAAGACAAAUGCCGCCACAGUCUCUCUUUCUCUUCUCCUGAUUGAGGUCCUUGGGUGGUUCGUUGUGGAGAAUUUUGUGAUUGACAGACAUGUGCGGUACAUCCUCACAGUUUAUCCUGUUGUGAUUGUGGCUCUGGUUGGUAAUGUGUAUAAACACUAUGACCCUGAGGCACCUGGACGGAAUGCUAAGUUUACAGUUGUCCUCCUGGUCCUGGCCUGUUUGCUGUUUGUGUUUCGAGUCGUCAUGGUGAUAUGGAGAAACAGGAAGCAGCCUAUUUAUUACAGCACCAGUAGGGAACCACUCACAACACCCAGAAACUCAACCAAAUAGAAGGAGAGAGCACCCUGUGCAGCAGUGUUACCUGUCCGCUACUAUGGACACUAGCCCUUGCUUACACCCUGGGACCACAUGCGGGGGUGAUAUACCAUACCUAUCUUGCCUGGUGUGCCAUACAUACAGUAUCUACAAAGUAUUUUUAAUGAUCUUUAACAGCUCUAUAUUUUGUUACACUAACUGGGACCUCUUUUACAUUUUCAUGGAAAGUUGAAGCAAUUGUAUAACUUGCACUACCCACCUUUUUAUAUCUAUAUUUGUCAUGUUUGUAUUGAAUGACUAAAUAAAUAAAUCUUUUAAACAUGA